AUGAAGUUACAUUAUAUUAAUAUAUUAUUAUUUUCCCUUCCAUUAAAUAUAUUUAUACAAAAGAACCAUAACAGCUCUACACUUCAUACACCAAACACAAAAACGGAAAAAAUACAAACUACUAGGUUAUUAGGCGAAUGUGAAUUGUAUUCGCUAUAAAAUCAUGAUAAUGAUCCUCAAAUGAAAGAAAUAAUGGAAAAUUUCGAACGUCCAACGGAACAGAUGUUUUGCGAAUAUGACGAAAGGAUGCAAGGAAAAAAAAAAUGUAAGGAACAAUGUGAUAUAGAAAUACAACAAAUUAUUUUAAAAGAUAAAAUAGAAAAAACACUAGCGGAACAUUUCGGUACGUUGGAAAUGAAUAUAUCUACUUAUGAUAUACCCUCCUGCGUUUGUGAAAAAUCUUUAGCAGAUAAAGUGGAAAAAGGCUGUUUGAGAUAUGGACAAAAUUUGUGAGGGAUUGUUGUACCCUCUACAUGAGUAUUAGGAGGAAUUACUGAAGCUGCUAUUGCAGAAGCUAUAACUGAGGGGGAGGUUGUUGGUGAAGCUGAUGAUAUUAAAGCAGGUAUUGCUAAAGCAAUUCAAUUAGUAAAUUCAAAAUUUGGUGUAUCAACUCUAGGUGAUAAGGGAUUGGAAUCAUUUUUUACUGCAACAAAUUAUACUGAUGCCUCACUCAUUAGUUGAUCUGUUCAUAUUCAAUAUAACAUGACAUGUAUACAAUCUGGCCCUGGCUAUGUCGCUCUUACUGAUGAACCCAUUUGUACUAUGAUUCCAAGAUUAUCUCUAGCUCCAGAGAAUGCUUCAUUGCAAGGUUCAUCGCAAACUCUUAUAAGUACAAUUGUAAAAGAAAUUGUUACACAAAAUAAAAUUGGUGCUGAAGCUACAACUUUUAAUGUUACUACUACACAAACAGCAUCAUUUGAAGCAUCACAAAAAGCCGCCAUAGAAACAAAUUGUGCUUUUUAAAAUACUGCUAUUAUUGCUUCAAUUGUUGUAAUAGUAGUACUCGUUUUGGUUAUGGUACUUAUUUAUUUCAUUUUACGUUAUCGAACAAAAAAAAAAAAAAUGAAGAAAAAACUUCAAUAUAUAAAAUUAUUAAAGGAUUAA